ACCUUUUCACUAAACUCACACGAGUUGCACCUUUUCACUUGACGAGCGGUGAGCACUUUUAUCCUUCUCCAAAAAGAUUCGAAAUGAGCGACGAAAAUAACGAUACUUUCCUCUUUACUUCCGAGUCCGUUGGUGAAGGACAUCCUGAUAAGAUUUGCGACCAGGUCUCUGACGCUAUUUUAGAUGCUCAUCUUCGACAGGAUCCUGAUGCUAAAGUAGCGUGCGAAACAGUGACCAAGACGGGCAUGAUUCUUGCUUGUGGCGAAAUCACAUCAAAGGCCGUUGUGGACUAUCAAAUUGUGAUCCGUGACACAGUCAAGAAGAUUGGCUAUGAUCACUCUGACAAAGGGUUCGACUACAAAACCUGCAAUGUCUUGGUUGCCCUCCAACAGCAAAGCCCUGACAUUGCCUCGGGGGUCCAUUCAGGGAGAAAGGAGGAGGAUAUUGGUGCUGGUGAUCAGGGUCUUAUGUUUGGCUAUGCCACUGAUGAAACUGAGGAACUCAUGCCUCUGACAGCGGUCUUGGCCCACAAACUAAACAAGAAACUUGCUGAUAAGAGGCGAGAUGGAUCUAUGCCCUGGUUGCGACCUGACUCCAAAACACAAGUUACCGUCGAGUACCGUGGCAAAUUGGGUUACGGUACCAUCGUCCCCCUUAGAGUUAAUACCAUCGUUAUCUCUGUUCAGCAUGCUCCUGGCAUCAAACUGGACGAAAUGCAGAAGCAACUUAAAGAGAAAAUCAUCAAGGAAGUUGUCCCUGCUAAAUAUCUUGACGAUAAAACAAUCUACCAUCUUCAACCUUCUGGUACAUUUGAGAUUGGAGGCCCUCAGGGCGACGCGGGUGUUACAGGAAGGAAGAUCAUUGUAGACACAUACGGCGGGUGGGGUGCACAUGGAGGAGGUGCCUUCUCUGGAAAGGACUUCUCUAAGGUGGACCGAUCUGGUGCUUACGCAGCAAGGUGGAUUGCCAAGUCU